AUGGAUGCUUCUCUAUGUGCAUUGUGCAAGUCUCUGGCAAGUGAUCAUUGUCCGAAUUCAUGCCUUCCGUUAUCUGAAAAGAAUGGUCUUUCCAUGUUUCCACACAAGGCACUGACUACCAGUUCAGUGUCAAUGAAUAGGAUUCUUUGUGCUUCCUCAGGACAUUCAACGCCUCCAGAGGCAAGAAAUCCAGCACCUUUAGAGGAAUCUGUACCAGGUCUUAUUGGCGAAAUAGAGUGUAGUCGAGAUGCCCUAUCCGAGGUUGUGCCUUCCAUUGGUCAGCUUAAUACACCUAUCUGUGAAAGAAAUGUUGAUGAGGCCUGUGAUAUGUCGUCCAUUCCAGAAGUAAGAAAACAAAACACUUCAUCUCUUAGAAACCAGCAGAUACAGGAAAGACCGUUCUUUAUCAAGGCAGUCAGGGUGAAGAAAGGCAUUUCCAAGAACAAAAUGGGGGCAAUACACCCUAAAGCAAAAGCUCAGGGGAAAAUUGAUGCCUCUAAUAAUGUGCAAAUUCAGUUGAAGGAAAACAAUAAUUCAACUGGUAAAGAAAUUGUUUGUGCUUUGACUCAACAGGUGUCAGGAGGGACAAGUAGCGGAGAUACUGAAGGUGUUAACUUUAAGAAAUUGGCUACAAAGGAAGGUUCUGGUCUGUUGGAUAAAGAGCUGUCUCCUAUGAUCAACAGGGAUGGGAGCAAAGUGGAUGAGAGGUCAAGCAUGCUACGUCCACAGAAUGCCAAGAGCUCAGAGUUUAUCACGGACAGCAUACAAUCGAGGACCUCCUCCUUUUCUGGGAGAUUCUCUCAAAUCUCUGAUUAUCAGGUUCCUUUUGUUAAGAGAUCACCUGUAUGGGCUAUAUUUGAUGCAUGGGAUGUGUUUAAGAAGGUACCGCAGCAACCACAUUUUCGUCCACUUAUGGAAUUUUCGCCAGCAUUGCGUGAAGGAAUUUGUAUAGGUCUGAUGACCACAUUUGCCAGCACAGUGAAGGAUAUAAGCGAAUCAAGCAUAGCAGAUAACAUUGCAUCAUUUAAAGAGAAGAUCACUACGCUUUGCCAUCUGGAGGAACAUGGAUUUGAUGUUCAGUUUUUGCGGUGUAGCCUGGUUAAACUGAUCCAAAUCAAAUCUGAUCAUACUAGUUACCUCACAGAAAAAGACCAACUGAAAGCACAGUUGCUGGAGAAGGCAGCUUGUCUAUCCCGAAUUGAUGAGCAACUUGACAAGAAGGAACAAGCUAUGGCUAGGCUUGAGGAGGAACUUGGGCGUGCUCGCUGGGAAACGCAUAAGAUAGCUAAGGAGAGAGCAUGA